UUUCUUCACCACAGUUUGCAGCACAAUCAUUGUUCAUCAACAAUGGCCGCCACAGCUUCAAGAUCCCCAUCACCAUUCUCAUCUCCUUCUUCAACCUCCAACUUCCCAAAACGCAAUGUCAAAUUCUUCACCCUACCCUUCUCUCCCAUUCUCCACAAACCUCAUUCCAUCGGAAUCUCAUGCUCCCUCUCCAAACCCGCCGCCGCCGCUGCAGCACAACCUACCGCCGCCCCCGCCGUCGAGACCUUCACCUCUCGCUUCCCCGCCGAUGAGCCACGCAAAGGCGCCGACAUCCUGGUGGAGGCUCUGGAGCGGGAAGGCGUGACGAACGUGUUCGCCUACCCCGGCGGCGCUUCCCUGGAGAUCCACCAGGCUCUGACACGCUCGCCAACCAUCCGCAACGUGCUUCCCCGCCACGAGCAGGGCGGUGUCUUCGCCGCCGAGGGCUACGCGCGGUCCUCUGGCCUCCCCGGUGUCUGCAUAGCCACCUCCGGCCCCGGCGCGACCAACCUGGUGAGCGGUCUCGCCGACGCAAUGUUGGACAGCAUCCCCCUCGUCGCCAUCACCGGCCAGGUUCCCCGGAGGAUGAUCGGAACCGACGCGUUCCAGGAAACCCCCAUUGUAGAGGUAACCAGAUCCAUCACGAAGCAUAACUACCUCAUCCUUGAUGUGGAUGAGAUUCCUAGGAUUGUGAAGGAGGCGUUCUUCAUCGCCACUUCGGGUCGACCUGGUCCGGUUCUCAUUGAUGUGCCCAAAGAUGUGCAGCAACAGCUUGCUGUUCCUGAUUGGAACCUGCCCAUCAAGCUCACCGGGUACCAGUCCAGGCUACCCAAGGCUCCCAGUGAGAAGCAUUUGGAGCAGAUUGUGAGGGUGAUUUUAGAGUCUAAGAAACCAGUUUUGUAUGUUGGAGGUGGUUGUUUGAAUUCCAGUGAGGAGUUGAGGCGUUUUGUGGAGCUUACUGGGAUUCCUGUUGCUUCUACUUUGAUGGGUCUUGGAGCUUAUCCCAUUGCAGAUGAACAUUCUCUUCAUAUGCUGGGAAUGCAUGGAACUGUUUAUGCUAAUUAUGCUGUUGAUAGUAGUGAUUUGCUGCUUGCUUUUGGGGUUAGGUUCGAUGACCGUGUCACCGGGAAGCUUGAGGCUUUUGCAAGCAGGGCUAAGAUUGUUCAUAUAGAUAUUGAUUCUGCUGAGAUUGGGAAGAACAAGGUGCCCCACUUGUCGGUUUGCGCGGAUUUGAAGCUGGCGUUGCAAGGGAUUAAUAAGAUUCUGGAGAGUAAACAGAUCAAGGGGAAGCUUGAUUUUGAAGCUUGGAGAGAAGAGCUGAAUGUGCAGAAACAGAAAUUUCCGUUGGGUUUCAAGACAUUCGAGGAUAGGAUUUCGCCUCAGUAUGCAAUUCAGGUUCUUGAUGAGCUGACUGAUGGAAAUGCCAUAAUUAGUACUGGGGUUGGACAGCACCAGAUGUGGGCUGCACAAUUUUACCAUUACAAGAGGCCUAGGCAGUGGUUAACUUCAGGGGGUCUUGGUGCUAUGGGUUUUGGAUUACCGGCUGCAAUUGGCGCUGCUGUUGCUAACCCUGAUGCAAUUGUGGUUGACAUUGAUGGGGAUGGUAGCUUUAUCAUGAAUGUUCAAGAGCUGGCCACUGUAAAGGUGGAGAAUCUCCCCGUUAAGAUCUUGUUGCUGAAUAAUCAGCAUUUGGGAAUGGUUGUUCAGUGGGAGGAUAGGUUCUACAAGGCCAACAGAGCUCACACCUAUUUGGGAGAUCCGGCGAAUGAGGCGGAGAUUUUCCCCAACAUGCUCAAGUUUGCAGAUGCUUGUGGGAUACCAGCAGCUCGUGUGAUGAGGAAGGAUGAUCUUAGAGCAGCAAUUCAGAAAAUGUUGGACACUCCUGGCCCCUACCUUCUUGAUGUCAUUGUGCCCCAUCAGGAGCAUGUGUUGCCAAUGAUUCCCAGUAAUGGUUCCUUCAAGGAUGUGAUCACUGAGGGUGAUGGCAGAAGAAGUUACUGAUUUGGCCAGGCCCAAUAUACCUCUGUGACUGUUAUGUAUCAUAGUUGUUGUAGGAUUUGACAUGUGAGCAUCAUUGUAGUUUGUAGUGAUUUUGGUUGCAAGACUAAGUAUUUUCGUUGUCUUAAUUUAAUGUCGAAUGCAAUCUAUGUCUGUACUCUGAUAUCUGCCGUUGUAACACCACGUUUUGCUGUAGUAAGAAUGAGGAAGUGAUAGUAAUAAUAUUGAUGUUCUUGAAA